AGGCCCCACAUCGUACCGCGAAACAGUGAGUCCAUUCGUCUGAACUGCUCCCCGAAGCCGCACCAUGAACCUGAAACUCUUCCUGAUCGUAUCGCUGCUGCUGGUCGGUGUGUUCCUCGGCCAGACGGAGGGCCGACGGUUCAAGAAGUUCCUCAAGAAAGUCGAAGGAGCCGGCCGACGCAUCACCAAUGCGGCUCAGAAGGGCCUACCGGUUGUGGCGGGCGCACAAGGUCUCAUUGGCUAGGGCGCCGUCCCGUCUGUCGCCGUGAGGUCCCCGACACAGACACAGAGCACACACAGUCUGCCUGACGUCUGGCGACACCCGAUCAUUGCCUCGGACCUCGUGAAGUAAUGGUGAACCUAAUAAACGCCGUCUCGCCGCACCGCGUCGUCGUCGUGGUCCGUUGGCUCCCUGCGAGCCGACGGGACGCUGGCGGACGGGCGCGCGCGCGCAGUGAGUGCCUCU